GCGGAUGGCGUCAUAAACCUGCGACGAAGAGACAAACCCCCAUGUGAGCAGAAAUGGCAGGAACGGAGGAGACUAGGAAACCUGUACUUGAAAUGGUACAAGCAGAAGGAACAGAUGAAGGCUGCGUCACUUUCGUCCUACAUGACGAGGACCACACCCUGGGCAACUCUCUGCGAUACAUGGUCAUGAAGAACCCUGAUGUGGAAUUCUGUGGAUAUAGUAUCACGCACCCCUCAGAAAGCAAGAUCAAUUUCCGCAUCCAAACACGAGGGGGCCUUCCAGCAGUGGAGCCGUUUCGCAAGGGCCUCAACGACCUGACAGAGGUGUGCCAGUAUGUCCUUGACACGUUUGAGGCCCGAGUGAAGGAGUUCAGUGAUCGGGAAGCAGCUAUGGACUGAGGAGAUGCCCAGGAACAGGACCGACUUAAUGUCCUACUGCUUCUUGGGUCACAUGCAGUAAAAUCAAGAUUGUAUUGUUCGAACCAGAACUCUUGACAGUCAAACCUUAUUUAUAUUAACUUAAACCAGCAAGUUGGACUAAAUGCCACUUUCCUGUUAGGUGAACAAGUACACGUUUCAUGAAUGUACAAAUGAAAAGAAAACUGUUGUAAAGGCUAAAAAGAACAUCAGGAAGUGUGACAUGUUUGACCUUAUGCAACUUUGUCGUGAUGCCUUGAUUUAAUCCAGUCUUGUAGCAUCAUACUGGGCCUGAAUUAUGACCGGUUUUGACCAUUUGUGGAAUGUUUCAUUUUGUGAUAAGUGUUUUAUAGCCAUAAAAUCAAAAUUGAAUUGAAAAGUCAGUGCAGGACACUCUGAUAUCUUUGUUUCUUAAAGUCUGGUUUCAAAUAUGAAGAUGUGACAGUGGUUUCUGGGGAAGUUACGCCAAGGUUUAGAUUGAGUCCUCAGCUACUCCACCCAGAAACAGCUGGAUGUGAUGGCAUCAGCAUUGUGUGAUGGGGGGCCCCAGAUCCUACUGAGCUAUGAAGUCCACUCCACAUCCUGAUGGAAGCGUGAUGUCAUGUUUUGUCAUUGAUGCAUCACUUUCCUCUAAUUAAAGGAAAUCUUUGUGAGUGUUCAGUUUCUCCUGUGCAUCGUGUCAGUUUACACUUUCGUCAUAAAUGUUUUUUUCCCCCCCAUAUGAUCUUUUUAUGUGGAACAGAAUAUGCAUGCUCACUGAAUCAAGUGUUUUGAAAUGCUAACAAACUAGUUCUUUUGAGACUUUCUGGUGUGAUCCUCAUAAAUUUCCUGUCAUGUGCAAAAGCUUGGGCCACCCUUCGUCAAAUGUGUUUUUAUUUUCUAAGUGAAAAGAAGUUAAAACAACCUCUGUAGUUAACAAGGAAACGAUGUAUUUUUGCAAAUUUUAACGCAGUUACAAUUUAUUUGCUGAAUUGAACAGAUGGGAGGAAAAAAUGAAAUAUAAAGUGUGGCGUGUGUAA